AGAAGAAACCCAAGAAACACUGUGUUGGUUAAAGGGUAUUUUCCAGGUUCCUUGUUUAAGUUGAUUCAGCGCAAAAGAAAGAACACAGGCAAUGCUGAGUAUGAGCAGUGCCUUACAAAUUAAUAAGGUACUUGAUCUGGGAGCCUGCCACUGACAGCAGCCUGUGAAGUCCUUAGACAGCUGGGCCUGGGGGAGAUCACAUGAAAGAAAGCACCCCCAGAGGCUUUGUUUUCUGUGAAAAAGUAUUUCCGUACUGUUGCUCCAAUGACAGAGUUGCCUGCACCGUUGUCCUACUUCCAGAAUGCACAGAUGUCUGAGGACAACCACCUGAGCAAUACUGUACGUAGCCAGAAUGAAAACCGAGAGCGGCCGGAGCACAGCGACAGGAGGAGAGUUGGCAACCCCGAGCCUUUAUCCAAUGGACGACCCCAGGGUAACUCACGGCAGGUGGUGGAACAAGAUGAGGAAGAAGAUGAGGAGCUGACACUGAAAUAUGGCGCCAAACAUGUCAUCAUGCUAUUUGUCCCUGUGACCCUCUGCAUGGUGGUGGUCGUGGCUACUAUCAAAUCGGUCAGCUUUUACACCCGGAAGGAUGGGCAGCUAAUCUAUACCCCGUUCACAGAAGACACUGAGACAGUGGGCCAGAGAGCGCUGCACUCGAUUCUGAAUGCUGCCAUCAUGAUCAGUGUCAUUGUCGUCAUGACUAUCCUCCUGGUGGUUCUCUAUAAAUACAGGUGCUAUAAGGUUAUCCAUGCCUGGCUUAUUGUUUCAUCUCUGUUAUUGCUGUUCUUUUUUUCAUUCAUUUACUUGGGGGAAGUGUUUAAAACAUACAAUGUUGCCGUGGACUACAUUACUGUUGCACUCUUGAUCUGGAAUUUCGGUGUGGUGGGAAUGAUCUCCAUUCACUGGAAAGGCCCUCUUCGGCUCCAGCAGGCCUAUCUCAUUAUGAUCAGUGCUCUCAUGGCUCUGGUGUUUAUCAAGUACCUCCCUGAAUGGACUGCGUGGCUCAUCUUGGCUGUGAUUUCAGUAUAUGAUUUAGUGGCUGUUUUGUGUCCAAAAGGCCCACUUCGUAUGCUGGUUGAAACAGCUCAGGAGAGAAACGAAACUCUUUUUCCAGCUCUCAUUUACUCCUCAACGAUGGUGUGGUUGGUGAAUAUGGCAGAAGGAGACCCAGAAGCCCAAAGGAGGGUGUCCAAAAACUCCAAAUACAGUGCACAAAAUGCAGAGAGGGAGUCACCGCAAGACAGUGUUCCAGAGAAUGAUGAUGGUGGCUUCAGUGAGGAGUGGGAAGCCCAGAGGGACAGUCACCUCGGGCCGCAUCACUCCACUCCGGAGUCACGAGCUGCGGUCCAGGAGCUUUCCAGCAGCAUCCUGGCCAGCGAGGACCCAGAGGAAAGGGGAGUGAAGCUUGGACUGGGAGAUUUCAUUUUCUACAGUGUUCUGGUUGGGAAAGCCUCAGCGACAGCCAGUGGCGACUGGAACACAACCAUAGCCUGUUUUGUAGCCAUAUUAAUUGGUCUGUGCCUUACGCUAUUACUCCUCGCCAUUUUCAAGAAGGCAUUGCCAGCUCUUCCCAUCUCUAUCACCUUUGGGCUCGUUUUCUACUUUGCCACAGAUUACCUUGUGCAGCCCUUCAUGGACCAGUUAGCGUUCCAUCAGUUUUAUAUCUAGCACAUUUGCAACUAGGAUCCCAUGGACGUUUCUCCUUUGACUUCCAAUCAAACCUGGGCAGGACAGAGGCGAUUUUCUGUGUCCUCAUCUAACAAAGUCAAGAUUCCCGGCCGGACUCUCGCAGCUUCCUUCCACGCUUUCCUGACCACCUCCACUGGAAGGAGGUAUCGACAGAAAAUGGUUCUGAACACUAUCGUGUGGACUGUCCCUCGGUGCAGAGGCUCCAGGUUUGGGGACAGGACCCGGAAACGGAUGGGCCAAGAAGCUGUCGUGCUCCACAGCAGCGUGGCCCUGGCUCACGGGGUUCACCGGCACCGCGGACUCCCAGGACCAGCACUGCCGAAAGGGCAAAGGAAGAGACUUAAACCAAACAGGCCUCUUCCUCUCCAAGUACAUGUUGAACAGGAGCCCCCUGGGUCUGUGUCGACUGAAUUCUGACCCUUCAGGAGGUGCCGUGAGGAGAGCAGGCUCUGGCAGCCACACGGGACGAGAAAGGGCUCAGGCUUUCACUUCAGACUCUGCUGCCGACUCCUCGUUUUUAAACAAGACUCCCCAGCUUUGAGUCAAGUCAGAGGUACAGACUGGCGAGGCUUGUUCUCAAGCAGGAAGCUCGUGACCAUCUGUGGUUGCCGUCUCUUCCCAAGGCCAGUCUCCACCGCCGUGAGGUUGCUUUCUCCAUACAACUUAACCUCAGAGUGCAAAUUCAGUCAUUUGUGGGAAUGAGGAACUAUUGUCCGGCACUUCCCUGUCGUCCCUAAGUAAAUUCGGGAUUUUCCACCAACUUCAUGGUUUCUAGACGGAUGUGUAAGUUUGGUUCUCCCCGGACGCCUCCUGUGCCUCCACCUUUCCCCUUGCUGCCCCACUCCCCACCCACCCAAGCAUUUUUUGUUGACGGCAAAUAAGGCAGCUCUGACAUGGUGGCAGGUGAUCCACUACUGUAGGCGUCUGCUCUGUAUUUGAGUCAGUGCUGUCGGCCUUGCUGUCACAACUUCUUUGAUAGCAAAUAAGAUGUGUGCCCAAAGACAGUAGAAUUAAAGAAGAGUAAAAUGGCUGGUGAAGCA